GUGACGUAGGAGCAGUUGUGAUCAUGUGAUCAACUACAGGCACGACCAAUGAACACAGCCAUGAGUAACGCGUGGCAUCACUCUAGGAGGGGUCGAGGACACAGGCAUAAGGAGCAGGGUCGACCGAACAGGGAGCGAGCGGUUGAGCAGAAAGCUGAAGACUCGGUGCCCAGCGGCGCCUGUAUGACUAUGUGCCCUGCCUAUGAAUUACGCCAGCGGGAGGCCCAGAAUCGACUGCACAGGUUUGAGAUGUUGGCCGGCACAGAGCGGGAUCGCUUACCUCGUGCUGAUGUGUCACGUGCUGUCAAAGAGUACUCGCGACCUGCCGCUGGGAAGGACUCCACGAGAGCCAGUGACCUCCGGCCUCCGUCUGUGCUUUUAAAGACUGUGUGCUAUUUAGUUGAUGACAUUGCAGCUUCCUCUACAUUUCAGCCAUGGACGGAGGUGUACAGUUUCGUGUCUGACCGCCUGCGUAGCGUUCGGCAGGACAUGAUUAUCCAGCGUGUGUCGGGGCCGGACUGUGUGGCUGUGCUGGAGAAAAGCGUGCGAUUCCUUCUCUACGCCUCUUACAGACUCUGCGGGCAGCCACUUCAGUAUUAUGACCCGCGGAUCAAUGACACUCACCUCCAGGAAAGCUUGAGCUGGUUGCUGGAGAACUACAGAGAUGGGAAACACCGGCAUCAAGAGGAGUUCCAGGCCUUGAGUUUGCUCUAUAACUUGGGUUCAACUCAUACCCUUCAACAUGUUCUUGAGCUGCCCGAGAGAAUACGCAGCUCUCCUGCAGUUCAGCUUGCUCUGGCCGUAAACAGGGCACAUUCGGAGCGCAACCCGGUUCGGCUGCUCCGGCUAGCCCAGAGACUGGACUUCAUCCAGGUCUGUGCCGUCCACCGACACCUGCUGCCCUGCAGGAGAGACCUGCUCCUGCUCUACAGCCACGGGCACAGCAGCCGCAACUGCCGCUACCCUCUGCAGAGACUGGCACGCCUCCUCUCUCUCAAAGACCCGCUGGCGGCCGAGCUGUGCCGGGCGCACGGCGUCACCGUCAGCGGAGAGUGGGUGAGCUUCUCUAAGAGCUCCUUCAGUGAAGCUCCGUCUGCAGAUCUGCCGUGCAGGCGCACGCAUGAGCCGGUGGACGACGAGCAGUGGAACUGUCCCGCCUGCGGCGUGAUUCACGACUGUGCCUGAAACCACUGCUUUAAACUCUUGUUCAUUUGCACUUGGCGUAAUGUUCCAGAGGCAUUUCCCACUUCUGGAAUCAUGGUCAAAAAAGUUUCAAUAAAGUUUUUGUAUUUUAUAUAUAAGUGGUUCAGCAAUAUGGGUUUUUCAGUGGUCAUUGCCAAUAUUGACUACAGAAUCAUCCAAUGCCUAAUAAUUAGACAUGCUAGUGAUACAGUGUUUCUUAAUCAGUAGUGACACAAUGAAGCAAUACAAUAAUCUCUUUAAUGUAAAUCUUUUUAACAAAUGCGACGAGCAAAAUUACAUUUUGUGCAUCACUUGGUUUCUUUUCCUGAGGCGUUCCAAUGUCCCACCCAUGGUGAAAUCCUAUUGGUUCAAACUCUGCACCACGUUACUGCAUAUUAAACAUCAAAUAUGUUCUCGUUGGCUAUAAUUGUGCUGUGCAGAUAUUUUGUUUUCGACGUGAACAAAUUUGUUUGUUGAUGGAUAUUUGUCUCCUGGUUAUGAUGAGGUAUAAGGCUCAUAACAUUUCAUUCAGAGGUGAUGUAAACUUAAUCAAAUAAAUGAAUUAAAACUUUUUUAUACAGUAUAUACUAGAUAAAAAAAAAUAUUUAAUGGCAUUAUCCAGCAACAAGAGUUUAAGCACAUUUUGCUAAAUACUAAAUUAGCAAAUAUUGUCCGAUUACUAUUAGUGUCUAUGGAUUCAUGGCAUAUUAAAUGAAUAGCAGAGAAUUAACAACAUUAAUAACAAGUCAUAACAAAACCAUGUAAGCAAAAGAGUGUAAUUCUGAUCUAAAGAGUUAAAUGUUACAAAGAAAUAAAAAUGAACAAUAUUAGUAACAAUUCAAAAUAAAUCCCUGUAAAA